UAUGGUUGAGCUCUUUCCCGCCUCCUCACCGGACGGAUGCCGGAAGCGGUAAGAAGAUCUUCACUGCCUGAGACUGUGUUGACAUUUAGCUGCUUUUCAGACAGCUUUUGGUGACUUCGAACACCUCAAAAACUUUUGCCUUUUGAAGAGUACUGGAAAAGCUGGAAAAUUGAUCUCGAAAGUCCUUAAAAAGUGCUUGAAUUUGGUCAUGGAAAUGACAUCUGUGGAGAACAUCUUCUUCCGAGCAGCAAGUGGACCUCAAGAAUGGCGCAGGAUAAGCUUCAGCCCCCCUAUAUUAUAGAGGAGGAGGAGCUGCAGUACCCCUUCAUUAAAGGGGAAGAGGAGAAGCCACAGCAAGCCCACAUUAAAGAGGGGAAGGAGCAACUUACCUCUUGCACAAAGGAGUCGCAUUCCCCUGUCACAUUACAGAGAGAGAGGAGUCAUAGCUCUGCUCACAUUAAAGAGGAAGAGGAGGAACAUAGCAUCAGUCAGGAGGAGUUUAAAGGACUUGAGGGUGACCAAGUGGUCUGUGUUAUCGUGAAGAGUGAAGAUGAGGCCGGAAGUGAGGAGAAGACAGAGGUGGAGCCUCCAAGCAGCAGUUCAGCUCAACGCAGGACAACAGAAGCUGAUGGAGACCACUGUGGAGGAUCACAAGCAGACAAGAUCUUAGCUCCACUAUCAAGGUCACACUCUCCUGACAAUGAUGGUGAAGACUCUGAAGUUGAUAAGACAUGUCACACUGACAACACACACUUGACAUGUUCUGACUGUGGCAAAACUUUUAAAUACUGUUGUCAACUGAAAACACACAUGAGGAUACACACUGGAGAAAAACCCUUUUCCUGCUCAAUCUGUGGUCUAUGUUUUACUCAAAAGCAACAUUUGAUAACACACACAAGAACACACACUGGAGAAAAACCUUUUAUCUGUUCAGUUUGUGGGCUAGGUUGUACUCAAAGGCAACAUUUGAUAAUGCACUCAAGAAUACACACUGGAGAAAAACCUUUUUCUUGUUCAAUCUGCGGCAAAGAUUUUACUCAAGCAUACCAUUUGAAAGCGCAUAUGAGAAUACACACUGGAGAAAAACCUUUUUCCUGCUCAGAGUGUGGUAAAGGCUUUGCUCAUAAAAAUGUGCUGAAAGGACACAUGAAAAUGCACACUGGAGAAAAACCUUUUUCUUGUUCAAUCUGUGGCAAAGAUUUUACUCAAGGAUACCAUUUGAAAGCUCACACGAGAAUACACACUGGAGAAAAACCUUUUUCCUGCUCAGAGUGUGGUAAAGGUUUUGCACAUAAAAAUUUGCUGAAAGGACACAUGAAAAUGCACGCUGGAGAAAAACCUUUUCUUUGUUAAAUCUGUUAAGGUUUUGUACAACAGUGUUUUUCAACCAAUGUGCUGUGGCACACUAGUGUACUUUGAGAUAUUGUCUGGUGUGCCGUGGGAAACUAUGUAAUUUCACCUAAUUGGGUUAAAAAUAUUUUUUUGCAAACCAGUAAUUACAAUCUGCAAAUAAUGUGCCGUUGUUGAGUGUCUGUACUGUGUAGAGCUCAGCAGAGUGACCAUGCAUAUUAUCAGUAGGUGGCAGCAGGUAGCUAAUUGCUGUUUAGAUGCCGGUAAAAAGGUAUCCAACGCUUGAACCAAAAAUAAACAAAAAGCAUUGAAGCUUAGAGAUGGCUAUGUAAAACUAAACUAAAACUGAACUGGCUGCAAAGUAAACAAAAACGAAAUGCUGGACGACAGCAAAGACUUACAGCGUGUGGAGCAGAUGGCGUCCACAAAGUACAUCCGUCCAUGACAUGACAAUCAACAACAACAUAGGAGUGCAAAACAAGAAUUAAAACACUAUACACAAGAAAACACCAAAAGACUCAAAAUAAGUCACUUUGUAAAUGUGACAGGUCGUGACUGUACACCUACUUUGAGACAAGAGCUAUAGUGAUGCAUGCUUGGUUAUGGUUUACAUUUAUAUUCAACAAUUGUGAGAACGACUUUUUACUGUCAAUAUCGGCUGCUGAGUUUCAUUUUUUUAAUGUUUUCUGCUGCUGGUGUGCCUUGAGGUUUUUCAAUGAAAAAAAUGUGCCUUGGCUCAGAAACGUUUGGAAAAACACUGUUGUACAAAGUCAGUAUUUGAAAGUACACAUGAGAAGACACACUGGUGAGAAAGUGUUGAGUUGCAGUGUGUGGUGAAAGAUCCUCGUCUAAGUACAAGUGUGCUGGUGAGAACAGCAGCAGCAAAUGAAGCUGCAGGAUUUGAAAUAAACUGUGAAAACUUAACUUUGACAAACUUUGAUUCUGUCAAACCCGUUACUGUCAGGCUUUCCUUUGACAGUUUGGCUACGUUUUAGUUUUUUCCUCUGCAUUUGUUUGUUUCCUCUGUGUUUAGUAUUUCCUGUCCUUCGUCCCUGUCUAGUGCUCUUAUUUUGGUUCGGCUUCCUGUCUGUCUCCCUGUGUCCUGUUUUCACUCAGCUGCGGCUGAUUGGCAUCUGAUCACACCUGAUGUCAAUCAGCCAGAUCCUAUUUUACCUGCUUUGUUCCUCCAGUCAGUGCUGGAUCGUUUGUAUUGUCGUGUCAAUGUCAUUUUCUACUUGUCAUUCCUACUGGUCGUGUGAAUGCAGCGUAGCAGUAAGCUAUAUUUGGUAGAUGUUUUGUAGCUUACUGUUUUUUGUUCCCUGCUUCCGAUUUGUUUGUUCAUAGCGCUUAGUUUAUUAUAUCCGCCCACGUGUGUGCUUUUUGUUUGUACCCUUUGUUUGUUCUAGUUGUAGUAUUUUAAAUUAAACUAUGUUUUCCUGCAAAAUGCCUCCCUCCUUCUCUGCAUCUUGGGGUUCGUCACCAAAUAACCCUGACAGUUACCUUGGCUGUGGUUUCGCUAGAUAGUGGGUUGGGACAGUGGGAAUCUCACUUCUUGGAUGACAAGGCAUUUGGCUACACUUAAGAAACCGUGAGGCUCACGCAUUGAUCACGAUGGGGAGUUCAGCAUUGGACUCUUUAGCUUCAGGGUGAGCAAUGAACUUUGUGAACGGGCCCUGCGUAGGGGAGCGAGCUCGUUAUGAGCAGGCCCUGUUUAGAAGGGCCCGCUCGUCAUAAAACAUACCUACAUGCCAUGGGCAACCCCAGGUUGAAGGGCUGAUGUUGUCAUCCUGAAAGACCAGCCUGCCAACCCCCCGAGUCCGGACUUUGCACCACUUUGCGGACUGGUCUUUGCGCCAUGUUUGGUUGGAGACUUUUGAGGUAUGGAUGUGGGAUACCUUCUCUUUUGGCCCUGUAUGUUUCAUGCCUGUGAUAUGCUCCCAACUCUUGAUUAGGUCGGCGAUUGGAAAUAGAUUUGCCGGAAUCUCAGCCACUUUAGAAUCAGUUGAGCCCAGGGAUUUUCAUUCGCACUUUAAUUGAGCCAUGGUCGUUAUUUUUCAGAUGGCCAUGGAAACUUCAGCACAUAUAACCUGUGAUAUCAUUGUUGUGCAACACAAGCUUCUUCAUAUGAUUCUAACAUAUAUAUAAUUGUAUACAAAUCUAUUGAUGAACUCCUUUAUAUGAUAUACAUAUUUGUUCAUUCCUUUGCUUUUGAGUACACAUACUGGGCAACCCAUCCAAAUGAUCAGAAUCAGGUCUCCUAAUCACUUGGCCCGACCACAGGUGAAUAAAAAUCAAGCACUUAGGCAUGGAGACUGUUUCACCAAACAUUUAUGAAACAAUGGGCCACUUUUAGGAGCUCAGUGAUUACCAACGUUGAACUGUCAUAGAAUGCCACCUUUGCAACAAAUUCAGUCAUGAAAUUUCCUCGCUCCUAAAUAUUCCAAAGUCAAAUGUCCGCGUUUGUAUAAAAAAUGGAAGCGUUUGAGAACAACAGCAACUCAGCCACAAACUGACAGAAAGGGGUCAGCGGAUGCUGAAGCACAUGGUGCAGAGGUCCCCGACUUUCUGCACAGUCAGUUGCUACAGAGCAUUUUGGACUGCAUUGUGCAGUGUGAAUUUUGGUUGAAGAGGAAUUAUAGUGUGUUUUUUUUUUUUGUUUUGUUUUUUUAGGAGUUGGGCCCCUUAGUACAGUUGUGAUCAAAAUGAUUCAACCCCCACACAAUUUUGGUGUUUUAGCAAGUUGGACAUUUAUUCCGUAUUUUGUUUAUAGUCAUAUCAAAUAAAGAUGUGUCAAAUAGACAAAUGUAACUUAAAUUGUAACACUGUAUUUUACAAAAUACCAAAAAAGGACAUUUUUCUUAAUAUCUCAUUGACAAAAUAUUUCAACCCCCUAGUUACAUGCAUCUUUAGUACUUAGUAGAACACCCUUUGGCAGUAAUGACAUCCUUCAAAGGUGAUACAUAACCGGACCAGGCUUCUUGCAACGAUCUGCAGGUAUUUUAGCCCAUUCCUCUUGGGCAAAGGCCUCCAAUUCAUUCAUAUUCUUGGGCUUGCAUGCUGCAACUGCCUUCUUCAAGUCCCACCACAGCUUUUCUAUAGGAUUUAGGUCUGGCGACUGUGAAGGCCACUCCAGAGUCUUCCAGCCCUUCUGCAACCACUGAUGUUGAUUUGGAGGUAUGCUUGGGAUCCUUGUCCUGUUGGAAGGUCCAACGUCUCCCAAGCCUCAGCUUCGUCACUGACUUCAUGACAUUUGCAGCUAAUAUAUCCUGCUAGGAAAUAGAAUUCAUAAUGCCUUGAACGCGCUGGAGAUUCCCGGUACCUGAGGCAGAGAAACAGCCCCAGAGCAUAAUUGACCCCCCACCAUGCUUAACAGUAGGAAAGGUGUUCUUCUCUUUGUAAGCUUAAUUUUUUCUCCUCCAGACAUAACGUUGAUUCAUAGGCCCAAAGAGUUCCAGUUUUUUCUCAUCCCUCUAAAGAACAGUUUUCCAAAACCUUUGGGGUUUGUCCAGAUCUUUUUUGGCAUACUGGAGUCAAUUUUUCUUGUGCCUGGUAGUCAGAAGUGGGGUGCACUUGGGAGUUCUGGCAUGGAGGCUUUUCAUCUCGUAGUGCGCGCCCUAUUGUCUGGGACGAAACCUGCGUUCCCCCCUCUGCAAUGUUCUGUUGUAGUUCCUAAGCUGUUACCCGGGGGUUUUUCACCACUGUACACUUCAAAUACCGGACAGCAGUUGCACACAGCGUCCUCUUUCUACCACGCCCAGGUAGUGUCGCCACUGUGCCUUUAGCUUUAAACUUGCAAAUUAUGCUCCCAACUGUGUCUCUUGGAAUGUGUAAUGUCUUUGCUAUUUUCUUAUAUCCAUAUCCUUUCUUAUGAAGAGAAAUUACCUCCUCUCUUGACUUCUUUGACCACUCCCUGGACUUCACCAUGUUGCAAAUACACCAUUGACCAUCUACAAGAAGCUGAGUGUCACGGUCUUUUUCAAUCAGUUUAAUUGUUGCUCGUUAUGGUUCUAAUCACAUCUACAGGUGUUUUCAACACCUGAUUGAAAAGACCUUAUUCAAAUUCUGUUCUUAGGGGGUUAUGAUCUUCAAGGGGUUGAAUAAUUUUGUCAAUGAGAUAUUAAGAAAAAUGUCCUUUUUUGGUAUUUUGUAAAAUACAGUGUUACAAUUUAAGUUGCAUUUGUCUAUUUGACACAUUUUUAUUUGAUAUGACUAUAAACAAAAUACGGAAUAAAUGUCCAACUUGCUAAAACACCAAAAUUGUGUGGGGGUUGAAUAAUUUUGAUCAUAACUGUACAAGUGAAAGGGACUUUGAAUGUUCCAGGACACCAAAACAUUUUUGGACAAUUCCGUGCUCCCAACCUUGUGGGAACAGUUUGGAGCGGCCCCUUCCUCUUCCAACAUGACUCUGCACCAGUGCACAAAGCAAGGUCCAUAAAGACAUGGAUGACAGUCUGGUGUAGAUGAACUUGACUGGCCUGCACAGAGUCCAGACCUGAACCUGAUAGAACACCUUUGGGAUGAAUUAGAAUGGAGACUGAGAGCCAGGCCUUCUCGACCAACAUCAGUGUGUGUCCUCACCAAUGCGCUUUUGGAAGCAUGGUGGAAAAUUCCUAUAAACACACUCCGCAACCUUGUGGACAGCCUUCCCUGAAGAGUUGGAGCUGUAAUAGCUGUAAAAGGUGGACCCAUAUCAUAUUGAACCCUAUGGGUUAGGAAUGGGAUGGCACUUCAAGUUUAUAUGUGCGUCAAGGCAGGUGACCAAAUACUUUUGGCAAUAUAGUGUACUUAUGAGUCAAAGUAGCAACAUAUACAUGUGAGAUAUGUGGGGUGGUUGAAAAUCUGCAGAAUGUAUAUAGUAUGAUAUACAUAUAUUUGUUUGACAUUUGUUCAUUCCUUUGCUUUUGAGAACACAUAGUCCAGUCCACGUCUUAGUUCAUAUUUACUGGUUCACAUCUGAAACAUCUUCGGGACCACUUUUGAAGCAUAUUAUUAUUUGAGUAGUUGUGUUUCAUACAAGAUCAUAUACUUUUAAAAUGUGAGACUUUAUGAAUCAUUUGUUGGAUCUAGAUAAUCCAUUGUAUUAUCUGAAUUACUGUCUUUCGUAAUAUGAAUAUUUUUGUAUAUGUAUGUCCCCAGACCUUCUUGCAGUAAUAAUGUAUGCUUAACAAAAGUUGGGUACAAUAAAUGUAGUUAAUUUUA